CAUCUCCCAUCACCACCCAACAUAUCAUCCUGGGCUGCUGAUCCCCAGGUUCCAGCCAUUUUUCUGUUUAGUCUCCUAAACGCCCACUCUCUGUGGGACCCUGAAAGCAGGAGGAGGGGAGAAGCAAGAGCCCCACCACCCUUGAGUCAUCUGUGGCUCUGUCACCCACUGUUUCACUGUGAAGAGUCAGCUGCCUAGGCAGAUAGGUCACUGCCACCAUGAGUCUGGGCAUCAUGGAAGAGGAAGACCUGGCCGAGUACUUCCGGAUGCAGUAUGGAGAGCGGUUGAUGCAACUGCUGCAGAAGUUCCCCAGUGUUCAGGAACAGUCGGAUUCUCCAUCGAUCCGUCUUCUGGAGAAGAAAAAGGAGGCCAAGAUCAUGCAUCAUGCUAUGGAGAAGAAGAAGGAGACAUUUCAGCGCAGAAUGGAAACCCUGAACUUGCGCUGGGAGGAACUGAGUGUCAAGGAAGCCCAACUGAAGGCCCACAUCCAGAAGUUUGAGCAGUUCAUCCAGGAGAACGACCAGAAACGGAUCCGAGCCCUGAAGAAAGCCAACAAGGAGCGGGAGCUCAAGAGGCAGCGCAUUCGGGAGCUGGUCAAGGCCAAGCAGGAUAUGGUGGCCCUGCGGCUGGAGCACCAGCGGCUGAGUGCCAAGCUGCAGAACUACUCCAUCUUCAACAAGUACCUGGAGAAGGUGGUGGAGAACUCCGAGUUCGAGGAGAUCCACGAGGUGAUCGCGCGCUACAAGACGCUGGUGAGCAUGCACCACGACCUCAUGCAGUCGGCUCAGGAGGGCCAGGAGAAGAUCGAGCGCGCCAAGGCGCGGCUGGCCCGCUACAUGGAGGAGAAGGACGAUGAGAUCCUGCAGCACAACAACGAGCUGGCUCGGCUGCAGAUGCGCUUUGACCGCGCCCGCAGCGAUGUCAUCAUCUGGGAAUCUCGCUGGGCGCACAUCCAGAACACCGCCGCCAAGAAGACCCUCCUGCUUGGCACCAUUAAAAUGGCAACGCUGAACCUCUUCCAGAUCGUGAGCAAGCAGGUGAAGGAGGCCACCGCCGUGUCGCUGGACGACACGCACACGCAGCUGGACAUGAUCCAGCAGUUUAUCCAAGACCUGUCAGACAUCUGGACCGAGGUGAAGAAGAAGGAACAGCAGCAAGUCCGGGUUUAGGAAGACACCAUGGUUCCAGAAUGUUCUGAGACAGAGACUGUGAGAGAAUCAGUUCCUGGGGGGCUUGCAGUCUGGUCAGCCCAGUCCAGCCACGGUGGCCCCUGAUGCCUUAUCUGCUGGUGAAGGAACACAUGGUCAUUUUCUCCUUGGGCCUCAGUCCAUCCCUGAAAUCAUUAAAUUUUAUAAGAAGUUUAUUCUUAA